CGGGGCGGCGCGGGCGGGCCGGCCGGGCUGUGCACCUGCGCCUCCGCGGGCUGCUUGGGGCAGCGUCCCCGGCCCGCCCGGCCCCGCCAUGGCCAGGCCGCAGAGGACUCCGGGGCGCAGUCCUGACAGCAUCGUCGAGGUGAAGAGCAAAUUUGACGCCGAGUUCCGACGCUUCGCACUGCCCCGCGCUUCGGUGAGCGGCUUCCAGGAAUUCUCACGAUUGUUACGUACGGUGCACCAGAUCCCAGGCCUGGAUGUGCUGCUUGGCUACACGGAUGCUCACGGCGACCUGCUGCCCCUCACCAACGAUGACAGCCUGCACCGGGCUCUGGCCAGCGGGCCCCCACCACUGCGCCUACUCGUGCAGAAACGGGCAGAAGCUGACUCCAGUGGCCUGGCUUUUGCCUCCAACUCUCUGCAGCGGCGCAAGAAAGGGCUCUUGCUGCGCCCAGUGGCACCACUGCGUACCCGGCCUCCUUUGCUAAUCGGCCUGCCCCAAGAUUUUCGCCAGGUUUCCUCAGUGAUAGAUGUGGACCUCCUGCCUGAGACCCACCGACGGGUGCGGCUGCAUAAGCACGGUUCAGACCGCCCCUUGGGCUUCUACAUCAGAGAUGGCAUGAGCGUCCGUGUGGCUCCCCAGGGCCUUGAGCGGGUUCCAGGAAUCUUCAUCUCCCGCCUGGUACGUGGGGGCCUGGCCGAGAGUACAGGGCUACUGGCAGUCAGUGAUGAGAUCCUCGAGGUCAAUGGCAUUGAAGUGGCUGGGAAGACCUUGGACCAAGUGACAGACAUGAUGGUUGCCAACAGCCAUAACCUUAUUGUCACCGUCAAGCCUGCCAACCAGCGAAACAAUGUGGUGCGAGGGGCAUCUGGGCGUCUGACAAGGCCUCCCUCUGCAGGACCUGGCCCUACUGAGCCCGACAGUGAUGAUGACAGCAGUGACCUGGUCCUUGAGAACCGCCAGACUCCCUGUUCUAAUGGGCUAUCUCAGGGGUCCCCAUGCUGGGACCUGCAUCCUGGCUGCCUACUUCCAGGUGCCCGCAGCUCUCUGCCCUCCCUGGAUGGCCAAGAACAGGCCAGCUCUGACUGGGAAAGUAGCAUACGAGGAGAUGGUAGUGGCUUCAGCCUCUGACAGGCAAGGCUGCUGGGACAUGGCAAGGACUUUACACUGGGAGGUUUUAGCUUGCUCACAGGGCCCUCUUAACCUGGGCAACAUUAAAGAUUUUCUACAGUUAC